AUGAUAUGCACCACACAGUCGGAUGUGGCUACCUGGUGUCCCGUAUGUGACAAACGAGUAAGCGACAAAGGUGGAGAUACCUAUGAACUCCUUGCUCAUAUUCGCAAAUCUCACCCCAAGCGUUCCUCUCACUAUUUGCCUCAGAAACAAGAGUCGAGGGUAACUAAACGAGCAACUUCGAAAAGUUCUGCCGAAACGGACUGCAACGCCAAGAAAAAUGAACAGAGAAAAGUCUACGCGACUCGUGUGGAUACGUGGAAGUCGCACAAUGAGAAAAAGCUCUGUCCUCAAUGUCACAAAGAAGCAAUACCAACGCUUCACGCCAGAGGGGACACGGUGACAACUUCGCACAUUGGAGCACUAUGCUUGUUAGGGUGUUGGCCACUCUGCUUUGUACCGUUGAUGAUGAAGCGCGCGAAGAAAGUUCGCAUGAUUUGCCCUUUGUGUGGAUACGCGUACGGCAGAUUUCAGUAUAAAAAUGCCGGUCUGGCGCAGUGCAAAACGGAUUCCGAAGACUCGCAGACGCGACUUUCAUCUCCGCCGCGAAGCUUUCGUUUACAAGCAAUGAGCAAGAAAGAAGAACAUUGA